AUGAGCAGUCAGCACCAGACGGUGGUGGAGACUCCACGAGCGCCGCGACGGCGACGCGGAGAUGCCAAAUCUUCGCGCAAGAAGGUGACUCUGCGUCCGGGCGUUGUAUUAUUCGACCCAAAAGAUCUGGUGACCAGCAGCGCAGUGGAUUGGACGUCUGCGCUUACAGUGGAGCUGGUGGACGACAACCAGGAGGAUGAACCGGAGGAAGUGGACGACAACCAGGAGGAGAAUGUGGACGUGGAUCCGGACUCGCCAGAGGCCAAGCAGGCCAGACUACGCACACUCGUCAUCGACGAGAUCUGCGAGACCGAGAAGAGCUACGUGAGUGACAUUUGCUCACUCAACGACCACUAUAUCGUAGCAUUAGAGGAAAAGUCGCACCGUAUCAUGGAGGACGCCCAGAUCGCCGUCUUCUUUAACAACUUAAGACAUCUCGUCAUGCUCAACUCCAAGUUGCUGGACGAUCUCCAAGAGAUUAAACAGCGAGGAGCUCAACCGAAGGCGAAAAGACCCGUCGAAGCUGCUCUAAAAGGUUUGAACCGCACGAAAAGCUUUAAAAGUCCUGUAUCAGUCGCCGUUCAAAGCGAAGCGGAUGGAGUCGGUGCUAUUUUCUGUCGCUACGCCCCACUAUUCAAGCUCUACGGAGACUACGCGAAAGACUACGAGGAAGUCGCUGCUCUACUGCAGAAUUUCCGACGUGACACUCGUCUGGGCUUCUCGCAAUUCCUCGAUUCCUGUCGGGAGAAAAGCGGCUCGACUAAACCGUUCGAGAGCUUGUUGAUCAUGCCGAUCCAGCGCAUUCCACGCUACAAACUGCUGCUAGAAAGACUGUGCGAGCUCACACCGCCAGACCAUCCAGACGCCUCAUUCCUUACCGAGGCGGUGAGUCGCGUACGCACCGUUGCCACUGCCAUCAACGAGACGGUACGUCGUCAGGAGAACCUCGAGACUGUGCUACAAGCCCAGCAGAAGUUCUCUGGCCAGUUAUCGCUGUUCACAGCAGACAGGAGACUGCUAAAGUCGGGAAAACUCAUCAAAAUGUCCACCAAACGACAAGAAGACGUCAUGAUUCACUUGUUUAACGACAUUCUACUGUACAGCAACGUGCUGAUCAAUGGCGGCUACCGUGUACGACGCAUAGUGCACUUGCAAUCCAAGGCUGUGGGUGUCAAGACCGAGUUGCCAGCUCCUGUCCAAGCUCUAUUUGAUCAGCAGGUUAAACGUCGCAAGGACUGCGGAUUCGUCGUCACCAGUCGCGAGAAAACCUUCAUCCUGUUCACAGAGACUCCAGAGGCACAGCGAGAAUGGGUCGACGCCAUCUCCAGUGCUGUAAAAGAAGCUCAGAAGCAGAAGAAGGCGGGAACGGGAGACGAAGCGGAUGGCGAGGGCAACAACAUCGAGUCGUGUGAAGGUCCUGCCGACGCUGCAGCCUUGUGGGUUCCCGACGAGAUGGCCGAGUCGUGUACCAAUUGCAAGGCGUCAUUCCGUGCUUAUUAUCGCCGAAAACACCACUGUCGUCGCUGUGGAGCGGUCGUCUGUGACACGUGCUCGUCCGGCCGUGCUCCGCUGUUUGUGGGCGAGUCUUCACGUGCUGAGCGGGUGUGCAAACCGUGCUUUAAGGUGCUGGAUCUUGUGCGUCAAGUGGGAAUGCACUGGUUGUCUCGCGUCGUGGAGUUUCGUGGAGUGCUGCGACGUCGACGCUUUAAUAAGUGGACGGAGCAUUAUUACGAGCUUCGAGCUGGUGUUUUGAAGCAGUUUACGAUGGAAACAGCCUCCGUGAAUGGUGAGCAGAAUGGGAAUACGGCGGGGCUUACUAGUUCGGGAAGUAGUGGCAGCGCACUGGCGAAUAGUACGACUCGAUGCUGCACGGACGAGCUGAAUCUUGCUGGCGCUAUCGUCAUCCAUCGCUCGGACAGUCGAGCACACAAGAACCGCUUUUGCUUCCAGAUCUCCACGACCGAGUACGACGAGACUGAUCCUAAGAACAAAGCUGGAAGCAAUGGAGCGAAUGCGCUCAAAGCGAGUCCUAUGCAGAGACGUCUGAGUCAGAUCGCAGUGCGACACAACAGGAGCAAGCUGUCGCCGCUCAAACAAGCUGUCAGUCGCCUGAACGACGCUGUUUCUCGUCGUCGAGAGUCUGCGAUUCCGGCCAUGGUGGCAAGUGAAGUCGCGGUGUCGCUGGUCUCGCCACCUCCGCUUGUUCCUGCUCCGUCGUCGUCUCCAACGUCGUCGUCGGCUUCGAACGCAGCAGCCUUGCAGGAGACCGAGUGGAUCUUGUGUGCUACAACCAUUCAAGAAGAAGUGGCGUGGCGUGUAGCCAUCCAGAGCUCGGCGGACAAGGCGUUGCAUCGCAUGCGACGCUCUCGCGUGACGGAUUUUCCUGGUUCUUUGGCGCAAAGUGGAAUCUUGAGUUUGAGCAUGAGUCUGCCGCCGACCAACGUGCGCGCGUCGAUGUCUGUGGUGACUACUGGAUCGUUUAUCGGCGCACCGGAACGUCGACGCCUGUCGUCUCUCGAUCGUGGACGUGCUACAGACGCAGAGCUGUCGAUGGAGAUGGCCCAAGCCGCAGGAGAUGACCGAGAGGUCUUUUUACUGGAACGUCGCCGUCGUCAGAUACUGAAAGAGGUAAUCCGAUCGGAGGAGAGCUACGUGCAGUGUCUGGGCGAAUGUAUUCGACUAUUUGUACAACCUUUGUUGCUACGACAACUAGAAGGACGUCAGAUGUAUCGUCGUCGACAGAAUAAACGCAGAGGAUCCAUGCGUCCAGUACUGGGAGCUGGGCCCUUGAAUCCUUCGGCUGGAACAGCAGUACCAAGUCGGAUCCGACGUCGAGCAGGCAGCAGCGGCAAUAUCGGCCCAGCGGCGUCGAACGCAGCGUCAACUCAGACUCCAAAGAUGCUAGUUAUGGACGCUGAUCUGUCCAUCUUCUUCAGUAGUGUGGACCAGAUCUACACGCUCAACCAGCAGCUAUUGGACCAUUUGUCGCGUCAUCUUGAAGAGACCACGACCACGACGCAAUCUGCGAGUAGUGAGACUGGUCAGCGGAAAGGCGAAUCUUCGGAGUUCCCUGGCGUUCGAGUGCAUCGCGCUGGUGCGAUCUUCCACGCGUAUGCGCCGUUGAUGCAGCUGUACACGUCGUACGCUAGUCGACACAGUGGCGCGCUGACUGCGUUGGAUUCGCCUCAGUUCGCUGGAUUUCUAAGGGAAUUACCGCCGGAAGCCGACGUAAACCGCCUACGACGGUAUCUGAACAUGCCGGUGGAGCGGAUUCCACGCUACAAGCUGCUGCUCCAAGAGCUGCUGGGCUCUACGCCGCCCGAACACGUCGACUAUGUGCCGCUGCAGUCAGCUAUCAGUAGCGUGGACCGCGUCGCGCAUAAGAUCGAGGAGAUUAGCGAGCGACGCGAGAAUGCUCGCACGCUAGCGACUGUGAGUGCCAAAGUGGGGAUCGACCUCACUGGCCGGCACUUUGUUCGCGACGGAAUGCUACGUAAAGUGUGUCGUAGUAAGGUGCAGACGUACUACUUCGUGUUGCUGGAAGACGCGAUGGUGUAUGGACGUCAAGGAGGGCUACACAAGAAGAAGUUCCGCUUGCUGGAUCUGUGGGAGUGCAAAGUGGCGGAAGACACGGAGAUAAUGCCGGGAGUCAUCACGACAGCCGUCAACUCGAACAAUGCGUUCUGUUUCUAUUCUCCGCUCAAGUCGUUCAUCCUGUUGACUGAGUCUGAGCAAGAGAAACUCGCGUGGACGACUGAUAUUAGCGAGUGUAUCGACCGCAAUCUGCGCGGUAAGACACACCCGCGUCGCCCUAGUGUUCGCUCCGAGUUGUUGGCCGACAACGACGACGAAUGUUCCAGUGGAUACGAGCUGGAAGGCGGUUUUGUGAUCAAGAAUGGAUGGCUGAACGUUUCUGGAGGAGCUGUGGUUUCUGUAAGUGGCAGCGCGAGUGCUAGUCCGACGACAAGCAGCAACGUCGGUAAGAAGCCUCGACGUCUGUGGAUCACAUUGACACUGCAAACGAUUUCACUGGGCUCGACGUUUAAGACGCCGCAGCCGGAGGAGACGAUCCCCAUCGAGCUGUGCGAAGUGGCUCCUCUCAAGAGCGACAAGUGCUUUCGACUGCAGUUCCUACAGGAUACGAUGAUGCGCACACAGACGACGUACGUGUUCGAGGCGCAGUCUCUAGCGGAGAGAGACGAAUGGCUUCGCGGUGUAUCGGCCCCGUCACCACUGCAGAUUAUGUGGCUCGCUUGUCUGCGGCAAUUGCUCGAGGCGGCGGUGGACGCUCUCGUACAGUUCGACGGACCUGGUCCAGGCCACCGUCGCAAAAUUUGCAUUGUGCGCAGAGCCGCCGCAAGCUUCAACCUCGAAAGGAACAAUCACAGCGACCGCGAAAAUCGACCUUUUAGCACCAGUCUGGAUUGCAGCAAGCGAGUAAGCGGCUCCGAUGCCCCUGCUCGCCACGCAGUCCGCACUUGCGCCACCUGA